UGAGUAUCUAGUGCCUCUCUGGCGUGGGUAUCUUCCAUACUCGCCGCCUCGAAAAUCGAAACUCAACCUCAUCUACAACCCACACUCCACGCUAUUACGCCCAUAAUGAGCCAUAACACCGAGACGGUGGCUCCUAAUCCAACGAGCACAGCCGAUGAAAAAAGUGGAAAGGAAUCCCAGCCUCCGCGACUUUCCUGGGAACCGCUCGAGGUGGUCCUUGUUAAGACAACUGACGGAGGUCAGUUCUUUGUCCACAAGACCAUGCUAGAAGACUCGUCUCGUUUUGUUCAAGAGUAUUCUAUUUGGGAGUCGGCCCACGCCCAACACCCGGCGGACGGCCACAUAGAGAAAUUCGAGUUCCAGGUCGACCUCAACGGUGAACAAUUCAAGUUCUACGUUGACAUUCUAUACCGCUCCUUUUUCGUCCCCGACUUCAAAUUCCGCUUGGGUACCUUGGAAAAACUGACGAAAGUCGUCGACCUCUACGUCUCAGCAAAGAAGCUCUCGAGCCAUAGGAUAUCUGGCGUCGUAGAGGAGGCUCUCAAACAGAUAUCCUCAAUCAUAUCACCCAUGGGUUGGCAGCGUUGGCACUCCAGCCAACCCCGCGAGAGUGUGAAGAGUUGGGUAGUGGCCAUACAGACCACCUACGACACCUGCAAGAAUGCAGGCAUGAGCGAUCCUUGUCUGGACGGCCUCGUUGAGGCGUGUGCCAACAUGCCAUCACUAGUCUUCGCAGAUAUUUUUACCGAGCUCCAUGGCGACUUUGCUACUCUUGUCACCAGGAAGUUUUGCCUUGACGCAGGCGCAGCCUGGCCAGAAGCGGAAGGAGCCUCAUGA